AAAAGUUCCACUGAUGGUUUCCUGUCUUUUCAAAAUCCCAUCUCCCCAUUACGCUAGUGUCCAACUUUUAUCGAAGACAAUUUUUUGUCGGCUUUACAGCUGCCGUAUGGGUCAGGUUAACACGUAUCCACGUUGGAGCAAAUGUUGAGGAACUUACGUGUUGUCCGGCCCGGUUAUGAAGAGCCUUGAAGACCGAUGGACAAUUACAUUUUUAUCAGAGUGGUUGGGCAAGGGAGCUACGGGGAGGUGAACUUGGUGAAGCACAGAACAGACCGAAAACAGUAUGUCAUAAAAAAGCUCAAUUUAACCACCUCCUCGAAACGGGAACGUCGAGCUGCAGAGCAGGAGGCGCAGCUUUUGUCCCAGCUCCGACAUCCCAACAUCGUAACAUACAGGGAAUCCUGGGAAGGAACCGACCUCCAACUUUACAUAGUGAUGGGCUUCUGUGAAGGCGGUGACCUCUAUCACAGACUCAAACAGCAAAAGGGAGAGCUGCUACCAGAGAGGCAGGUGGUGGAGUGGUUUGUUCAGAUUGCCAUGGCACUCCAGUACCUUCAUGAAAGGAACAUUCUUCAUCGGGACCUUAAAACACAGAAUAUCUUCCUGACAAAGACCAACAUCAUCAAAGUUGGGGACCUCGGCAUCGCACGUGUAUUGGAGAACCAGAAUGAUAUGGCCAGCACACUUAUCGGGACACCUUACUACAUGAGUCCAGAGCUCUUCUCUAAUAAACCCUACAAUCACAAGUCUGAUGUAUGGGCCCUGGGUUGCUGUGUGUAUGAAAUGUCAACACUAAAACACGCCUUCAAUGCUAAGGAUAUGAACUCACUGGUCUAUCGCAUUGUAGAAGGAAGGCUCCCACAGAUGCCAAGUAAGUACGACCCCCAGCUAGGAGAGCUAAUAAAAAGCAUGUUGUGUAAAAGGCCAGACGACAGGCCAGAUGUCAAACUUAUACUGCGGCAACCUUACAUCAAACGACAAAUUGCCAUGUUCCUGGAGGCCACCAAAGAAAUAACUGCUAAGUCAAGAAAGAAAGUUUCUGGUGGCAGCAGGUACAUCCAAAGCAACGAUGUAGCCAAUGUGGCGCAGCUUCAGCCAAAACCAAAGCCACUCCCUCCAAGUCCUCAGCUGGAACCCCUUCCCAGGUUGAAACAAAAAGACAAAUCACAGCUCCUCAAAAAUCAAAACGGUGUCACAGACUGUAACCCGCUUCAAAUAAAUCCACCGCCUAAGCCGUCCUCACCUGAUGCUCUCAAAAGCAGCAUCACAUCCAUGGCAAGCAUCAGCAACAUCCAAGUUGACAUGUGUCCACAGCAGGAUCCAGAUUCGAUAAAGAGGGCAUUAGACGCACCUCAGUUAGCUGUGGCACAACACCAAGCUGAGAAAAAGGAGCCCUUGACCCCUUCUACACAUGUUAAGCCCCCACUCAAGCCUGUAUCAGCAGCUGGCAGGAGGGGAGUAGAUGACAGAAAAGUAUUAAAUGGAUUUUGUCCAUUUCGGGACACCUUUUCAGUCUCUGAGAAAAAGGUGUCAGCUAAUGAUGACAAGGAUGACACAAUGGAGCUCCUUAAGGACGCUUACAUGCCGAACAGUAAAGUAGAAAUGAAGCAAGGAACAGAUUUGGAGAAGAGAUCUACACACAGAAUCACCUUAGACAAAGUAGAGGAGAACAUAGAGUGUAAAAAUGAUUCCAUGAAUCCUGUCAACAGAGCUCAAACAGGACAUGCAGACAUACAAGAUAAUUUGGAGUCUACAGAAAAGCUGCUACAACCAUUCUCUCCGACAGUUGAACCUCCUGAAGAGAAGGUUCCCUUACAAAUCAACUCCCAGAGUGUAACCAGUGCUCCAUUUCUCACUGCCCAAGAACCUGCUGUCUCACUGGAGUACAGUGGGAGGGACAUAAAACAGACAGAUUGUGAUCAGCAAAAGACUAAAGCAGCAUCUCGCAGACCUUUGCCUCUAGGUGCUGUCGAACCAUCAUUAGAAGUGAGGAAGAAAAACACAGAGAGCAAGAAAAUGAAUGAGAAUGUCACAUCUAAAUCUUGUGGGGACGGAUUAUUUAAUCUACCAAAGGAGCGCCCUCUAUCUGCCAGAGAGAGAAGAAGACUGAGGCACUCCCAAGACACUGCCUGCCAAUCAGGUGCUGUAAGAGCAUCUCAUGAUGUCACUGGUUCCAAGACCCAACACCAGAACACUCCAGUUUCCAACUCUGUGUCAGACUUUAUUACUCGGACCAAUAAGCGGGGAAAGGAUGAAGAUGAGUACAGCUCAUCCACAAGCUCCACAGAGCAUGCAGAGGGAGACUGCAGGGAAAGGAGAGCUGAAACCAAAGACAUGCAGGAUUUAGUCCACAUGAUGACCAAAACUUUGAGGAUGGUUGAUGGAAAUGAUGUGAACGAGGUGGACAAACAUGAAUUGGGUUGUACGUUGUUGCCAGAAUUCAAACUUAACAAGAAGUACAGGGACACCCUGGUGCUCCACGGCAAGGCUCGACAGGAAGCAGAGAACUUGUCACUGGGAGAAAUCCCAAUAGGCUCCACGUCGGGUCCAGCCAAGAUCAGGAGGGCCAUCGAGCUCCUGAGAACUGAUGUAGUAAAGGGCCUGGGGGUCAAGCUCUUGGGCAAAGUCCUGGAAAUCAUGGAGGAGGAGGAUGACGAUAAACUAGAAUUGUGCCUUCGUCAGCAGAUGGGUGAUGAAAAGUAUCACACGUAUGGUGUGAUGGUGAGACAACUGAAAUUCUUUGAGGAGAUUGCCUUCAAGGUUUAGAAAAAUAAUUGUAACAAAAAAACAAUUGAUGUAUGGAAGCUUUCACCAGUGAGGCAAGUGCCAUGGCAACUGCCACUUCCUGUCUACAUAAACAUUCGAAUUUAUGCUUGUUGCUGCUAUUGUUGCAUCAACACCAUGACAAACAGUUCAAUGUAAAUACAGUGGGUACGGAAAGUUUUCACUCCCUUAAAAUUUUCGCUCUUUGUUAUAUUGCAGCCAUUUGCUAAAAUCAUUUAAGUUAUUUUUUUUCCGCAAUGUACACACAGGACCCCAUAUUGACAGAAAAAAAGGAAUUGUUUACAUUUUUGCAUAGUUAUUCAAAAAGAAAAACUGAAAUAUCACAUAGCCAUAAGUAUUCAGACCCUUUCCUGUGACACUCAUAUAUUUAACUCAGAUGCUGUCCAUUUCUUCUGCUUAUCCUUGAGAUGGUUCUACACCUUCAUUGGAGUCCAGCUGUGUUUGAUUAUACUGAUUGGACUUGAUUAGGAAAGCCACACAACUGUCUAUAUAAGACCUUACAGCUCACAGUGCAUGUCAGAGCAAAUGAGAAUCAUGAGGUCACUGCCUGAUGAGCUCAGAGACAAUUGUGGCAAGGCACCGAUGUGGCCAAGGCUACGAAUUAAUUUCUACUCCACUUAAGGUUCCUAAGAGGACAGUGGCCAAACUGAGCAAUCAGGGGAGAAGAGCCUUGGUGAGAGAGGUAAAUAAGAACCCAAAGAUCACUGUGGCUGAGAUCCAGAGAUGCAGUCGGGAGAUGGGAGAAAGUUCUAGAAAGUCAACCAUCACUGCAGCCCUCCACCAGUCGGGGCUUUAUGGAAGAGUGGCCUGACGGAAUCCUCUCCUCAGUGCAAGACACAUGAAAGCCUGCAUGGAGUUAGCUAAAAAACACCUGAAGGACUCCAAGAUGGUGAGAAAUAAGCUUCUCUGGUCUGAUGAGACCAAGAUGAACUUUUUGGCCUUAAUUCUAACCGGAAUGUGUGGAGAAAACCAGGCACUGCUCAUCGCCUGUCCAAUAGUCCCCCAACAGUGAAGCAUGGUGCUGGCAGCAUCAUACUGUUUUUUCAGCUGCAGGGACAGGACGACUGGUUGCGAUCGAAGGAAAGAUGAAUGCGGCCAAGUACAGGACAAAAACCUUCUCCAGUGCUCAGAACCUCAGACUGGGCUGAAGGUUCACCUUAAAAAAAGACCAUGACCCUAAGCACACAGCUAAAAUAACGAAGGAGUGACUUUAGAACACCUCUGUGACUGUUCUUGAAUGGCCCAGCCAAAGCCCUGACUUAAACCCAAUAAAGCAUCUCUGGAGAGACCUGAAAAUGGCUGUCCACCAACGUUCACCAUCCAACCUGACAGAACUGGAGAGGAGCUGCAAGGAGGAAUGACAGAGGAUCCCCAAAUCCAGGUGUGAAAAACAUCAUCAUUCAUCCAUCAUCCAACAUCAUCCAUCAUUCCCAAAAAGACUCAUGGCUGUAUUAGCUCAAAAGGGUGCUUCUACUAAAUACAGAGCAAAGUGUCUGAAUACUUAUGGCUGUAUGAUAUUUCAGGUUUUCUUUUUUAAUAAAUCUCCAAAAAUUUUAACAAUUCUGUUUUUUUUCUGUCAAUAUGGGGUACUGUGUGUACAUUAAUGAGGGAAUAAAAUUUAUUUAAAUGAUUUUAGCAAUUGGCUGCAAUAUAACAGAGUGAAAAAAUUUAAGGGGGUCUGAAUAUUUUCCGUACCCACUGUAACUGUAUGACAAUGUUUAUAUCCUUAUGUUAUAGUUUAGUAUUUUUCACUAUGUCUAUGCAAACAUCUUCCUUAAACAUACCUUGCUGUAAUGGAGUAUUUAGUUUAAUUUAUCAUGAGAGCCAGAAUAUUGUUGAAUAUUUUACCUGUAUUGCAUCUUUUGAGGGGGAUUAUUUUCAUUUGUCUUAUACACAACGUAGAAA